GAUUAAAUUCACGACAGAGUCAAGCGUUUCACGACAGUACUGUACGUGAGCCCAAGGGCGUUUCACGACAGCGCCGUAAAUGUUUUGAAGGGCAUGCUUUACGACAGCGCCGUGGUACGUCUGGAGGUGUGUUAAAAAGAGCUUUACAGCUCUUCGGAUUGCCCGGAUGAAAGUGAAUGUCCCGCGACUCGCGGUUGCGCUGCGGCUUCAGAGGUAAAACCUCUGAUCUGCAUUGGGGAGGGGGGGUUGUUGUAUUUAAUUAUCGUGUAAAGCCGGACGGGCGCCUCCAGCUGUCAGCGUACGCAGCCAACCGUGCUAAUCGGAGGCGACCGACGAGGCGCUGGUGGACGAGGCGCGGACCGCGCGGGGUGGCGGGGGGGGUGGGGGGGCGCAGUGCCGGGCAGCCAUGGUGGGGUUCGACCCGAGCCACCGUAGGCUCGGGCCUACGGAGGUGGCUCUGUGCGGCGCCCUCUCGGGCUUCGUGACGCGAGCCGCGGUCAGCCCGCUCGACGUCGUCAAGAUCCGCUUCCAGCUCCAGGUCGAGCGGAUCUCUGCGCUGGAGCCGCGCGCCAAGUACCGGGGCCUGGCGCAGGCCGUGCGCGCCAUGCUGUGCGAGGAGGGUCUCGCCGCCUUCUGGAAGGGGCACGUGCCCGCACAACUGCUCUCCAUCACCUACAGCGGCGUGCAGUUCGUGACGUUCGAGGGCCUCACGGAGCUCGUGCACGGACACACGCGCUACGAGGCCACGCAGGCGCACGUCCACUUCGCGUGCGGCGGCGCCGGGGCCUGCAUGGCCUCGCUGGUGGCCCAGCCGCUGGACACGCUGCGCACGCGCCUCGCAGCGCAGGGAGAGCCCAGGGUCUACCGGGGGCUGGUGCAUGCGGUGGGCACCAUGUGGCGGGGCGAGGGGCUGCGGGGGUUCUACCGCGGCCUCUCCCCCACGCUCGCCGCCGUCUUCCCGUACGCGGGGCUGCAGUUCGGCUUCUACAACGUGUUCACUCGCGCUGGCAACACCCUGGCCGCACGGACGCAGCGCCGCACCGGGGGCCUGCAGACCCUGGUGUGUGGUGCCGCGGCGGGGGUGCUGAGCAAGACGCUCACCUACCCCUGCGACCUCGUCAAGAAGAGGCUGCAGGUGAUGGGAUUCGAGCAGGCGAGGUGCCACUUCGGAGAGGUGCGUGCGUACUCGGGUGCGUGCGACUGCGUGCGCCACGUGGUGCGGGAGGAGGGCCUCCCGGGCCUCUACAAGGGGCUCGUGCCGAGCGCCCUCAAAGCGGCCGCCUCCACCGGCCUCACCUUCCUCACCUACGAGAUGUUCUCGGCGCUGGCGCGCUCUCACCGCUCCCGCCCCGGGGCCUGAGGCCGCCCCUCCGUCUCCAGGCGUCGCCAUCGAACUCCAGGACCUUCUCAGGACUUCCGGGGGCACCUCGACGGGGACUCCCGCAGCCUUCUCUGCGUCUCCUGGGUCACUCGGUAGAACUCGAGGACGCCCUGGCCUGUGACUUGAGGACUUUCUGAGGUCUUCCGUGCAACUCCAGAACCUUCCUGUAAACGCCACUGUUCCUCAUUGGGACUCAACAGAAACCUUCACUGGGUGGGGGGGGGGGGGGAACGAGAUCUUCUCCGACACUUUGCGGCCUUCCUUGGGAUUCUAGGACCUUCCGGGACCUUCCAGGACCUUCCAGGACCAUCCCCAGGAGGUCAGCAAUUGCUCCCUGCAGGGGCCUCGGGUCUAGCGCCGCGCACAAGCAGUUCCAUGGAACCAAACGCGACAAAGGUCGAAGGUCGCGAGUCACAGGGCAGUGCCCCCGCCCACCGCUCCCACCCCCUUCCUCUCCGCUACUGGGCGAGAGGUCACGAGUCGUGGCUGGUGCAGCUCGAGAGAGCCGGCUCGCUGGACCACCGCGCCGGGCGGAUUUGGAGCACACGCGGACUCAAAAGUUCCCGGCCCCGCCGGGUGCGGGGACUUCGGGCGACGCUCCCCGGCACCCGGCUCCGAACCCCAGCGAUUGUUUCCGUAAACCCGCGUGGCUCGGACGGGGUCAUCACACGCGCGUUGCCACGACCGACGGCGGCGCAGCUUUACCGGGCGUUACUGAAUGCGUGGUGGUGGUGGUGGUGGUGGUGCGAGCGAGCGAGCGAGCGGAGCUGCGUCGUCCCGUGUCCUCUGUUAGACUUCAAUGCCGCUGACCGCUGCCGGCCAUUUUAGCGUGGCGUGGUGGCCGGUCCGUGUGUUGUCUCCCGUCCCCCUCUUCUGCAUGGGGUGUUUCCCCCGGGGCUCUCAUGUUUCCAAAAGCAAUACCGCAAAAUGUGACCGGUAUUGUGCCAAAAAAAAAUGUACACCGCAAAUUGCUAAAUUUUGAUCGCACGCAACAAAAAGAUGUUCAGGCUUU